AUGGGUGGUGAUCAAACAUUGUCCGACGACUCUGUCGUGGACCACAGGCAGGCAGACUAUGGCAGUAUCGAUCUGAGCGAUGAUGAUACCGUCAUUUCCAAAGGCUCGCUGAAUCCCGUGUACGAGGCCAAGGCCAAGAUUCUCAACCGCGCAAUUCAAGAUAUUGGCAUGGGUUGGUAUCAAUGGCAGCUCUUCGUCGUCGUCGGAUUCGGCUGGGCAAGCGAUAACCUGUGGCCCGUCGUCACCUCGCUUAUUCUCAAACCGAUUGCCAACGAAUUUCUGCCCACCCGCCCGCCGCUGCUUGUCCUAGCCCAGAACAUCGGCCUCCUCGCCGGCGCUGCCUUUUGGGGCUUUGGCUGUGACAUCUUUGGUCGCAAAUGGGCUUUCAACCUGACCCUCGGCCUUACUGCAUUUUGGGGCCUCAUCUCGGCCAGCGCCCCGAAUUUCGCCGCCAUUGGCGUGUUCAAUGCCCUAUGGUCCUUUGGCGUCGGCGGCAACCUACCCGUCGACUCGGCCAUUUUUCUCGAGUUUCUGCCCCAGUCGCAUCAAUACCUGCUGACGGUGCUGUCCCUCGACUGGGCCGUCGCGCAAGUCAUUGCCAACUUGAUUGCUUGGCCGCUGCUGGGCAACUUGACCUGCCCCCAGGAUGCCACGGUAUGCCACCGAAAGGACAACAUGGGCUGGCGCUACUUUCUCGUCGCAGUGGGCGGCCUGACCAUGAUCAUGUUUCUGGCGCGCUUUUGUCUCUUCAAGCUGCACGAGUCGCCCAAGUAUCUCAUUGGCAAGGGCCGCGACCAAGACGCCGUUCGCGUGGUUCACGAGGUCGCACGCAUCAACGGAAAGACGAGCCCCCUCACGAUUGAAGAGUUGCGCGCCUGCGAACCCGACAACUAUGUCGCUCAGACAGAUACGGCCGCUGCUGUCCGCAGACAUUUGAAGAAGCUGGAUACGAAGCAAGUCAAGACGCUCUUUUCCACCAGACGCUUGGCAAUCAGCACCUCGUUGAUCAUGCUCCUUUGGGCACUGAUUGGUCUUGCGUUUCCGCUAUACAAUGCAUUCUUGCCUUAUAUUCAGGACUCGCGUGGCGCCGAUUUUGGCGACGGCAGCACCUACAUUACAUACCGCAACACCCUCAUCAUUUCUACGCUUGGUGUGCCUGGCGCCUUGAUUGGUGGUCUUUUGGUUGAGCUACCACGACUCGGUCGCAAGGGCACGUUGUCAAUCUUUACGGUGCUUACUGGUGUUUUUCUCUACUGCUCGACCACCGCUACCAAGAGCGAGGCGCUUCUUGGCUGGAACUGCGCAUUCAAUUUUUGCAGUAAUGUCAUGUAUGCUGUUUUAUACGGCUAUACCCCCGAGAUUUUCCCAACCCCACAGCGUGGUACCGGCAAUGCACUGGCUGCCAUCUGCAACCGUGUCUUUGGCAUCAUGGCUCCCAUCAUCGUCAUGUUUGCGAACCUGCAAACCUCUGCACCUGUAUAUACUAGCGGCGCUUUGUUUCUUGCAGCAGGAAUCAUCGUUAUACUGCUACCAUUUGAGUCGAGGGGCAAGGCGGCACUCUAA